AGCGACUAAAACCGACUCCGCUGGGAAAUUGACAAAUGGCAUGCUGACCCGGCAGAGAAUCGGCUUCGGAUGGCGGCAAAAGAUACAGCGGAUAAUCGCUUUGUCGGUUGCUUUCCCCACGCCCAAGAGCCGAUCGGAUCGUGAGGCUUCUCUUAUUACCCUUACUUCGUGCUUCUCUUCUCUCUCUCUUUUUCUGUUUCAAUUCGUUUCAAUUCGUGCCUACGAAUUGAAUUGAUUGAAAUGUCGCGGCCUACCCCAGCCGUGAUCCGUCCGUUCGCCGUUUGGCGACGGCAAUUCUCCGUCUCGUCUACUAGACAGGCUAUUGACAAGCGAUGCGCCUCUGCUCAGGAUGCGAUCAAGGAGAUGAAGGGCUCCUCGACCGUUCUUGUCGGAGGAUUUGGUUUCUCUGGGGUCCCUAAUACUCUCAUUAAUGCUGUCCGUGACCGUCCUGAUAUCACUGAUCUGACCGUUGUGUCCAACAAUGCGGGUAUGCCGGGUGCUGGUCUAGGCCAAUUGCUCGAAUCCAAACAGAUCACCAAGAUGAUCGCUUCGUUUAUCGGGGAAAAUAAGGUCUUUGAGAAAAUGUAUCUCAGCGGUGACCUCGCUCUCGAACUUACUCCCCAGGGUACCAUUGCGGAAAAAUGUGCCGCGGGUGCUGCGGGUGUCCCUGCUUUUUACACUCCCGCUGCUUAUGGAACUAUCGUACAAACUGGUGAACUCCCCGUGCGUUAUAACCAAGACGGAUCGGUGAAGGAAUACUCCAAGCCCAAGGAAACCCGCGAAUUCAACGGCAAGAACUACAUCAUGGAAGAAUCGAUUUUCGGUGACUACGCCCUCAUCAAGGCCCACAAGGCCGACAGGCUCGGGAACUGCCAGUUCCGCAAGGCUAUGAACAAUUUCAACGAGGCUAUGGGCAAGAACGCCAAGUACACCAUCGUCGAAGCCGACCACAUCGUGGAGGUCGGGGACAUCGCUCCCGAGGACAUUCAUCUGCAGGCCAUCUACGUCAACAAGGUGAUCCAGAGCACGGAAAAGAAGCAGAUCGAGAAGCUUACCUUUGCGAAGGAUCCUUCGGAGUUGCUCCAGGCUGGUUCUGGUGAGGCUACCGCCCGUCGCGAGCGUAUCGUCAAGCGUGCCGCCAAGGAAUUCCGGGACGGCAUGUAUGUGAACCUUGGUAUUGGAAUGCCCCUGAUUGCGCCGGCCUACCUGCCCGAGGGCGUGGAAGUCUUCCUCCAGGCCGAGAACGGUAUCCUGGGUCUGGGUGGCUACCCCCAGCCCGGCGAGGAGGAUCCCGAUUUGAUCAACCCUGGAAAGGAGACGGUGACUUUAGCCCAGGGUGCCUCUGUCUUUGGAUCCCAGGAGAGUUUCGGCAUGAUUCGCGCUGGUCGCAUUGAUCUUACUAUGCUCGGUGCGCUGCAGGUUAGCCAGUAUGGAGAUUUGGCCAACUUCAUGCUCCCCGGCAAGGUCAAGGGUGUUGGCGGUGCCAUGGACUUGGUUGCCAACCCCGAGAAGACCAAGGUGGUCGUUACGAUGGAACACACCGACAAGAAGGGCAACCCCAAGAUUCUGUCCGAGUGCUCAUUCCCGCUGACCGGUCCCCGCUGUGUGUGGAAGAUCAUCACCGAUCUGGCCGUGUUCGAGGUCAGCGCGACUGAGGGUCUGACUCUGGUGGAGCACGCCGAGGGGGUUUCCGUCGAGGAGAUCCGCAGCAAGACCGAAGCUCCUUUCCAGGUUGCAGCGGACCUGAAGCCGAUGCUGUAGAUUAUGAUAUGAUACCUGAUCGUUAUUAUUAUUUGUACAAAUCUCCAAGUUUAUAAUAGAACACAAUAAAGAAACUACG